GUUUUCUUACCUCUGUCUCGUACCAAUCGCCACCAAUUCUUUUUAAUUUUCAUCUUUCUCUCUCUUAAAUCGAUGAAGCAAAGCCCUAAAUGACAAUUUCAUCCACAAAAUUUGCCCUAUUAGUAGACACUACUAUACUUUAAUGGCAGCUAAUGUCCCUCAAAUCAAAAUCCAAACCCAACCCACUAAGCCAAAACCUCGCCGUUUCCGCGAAACCACCAUUUCCUCUUCCGCGACCGCAGUAACCGACGACUCUGUUUCCACUGAUUCUCAUUUGAAUCGGGAACCGAGAAAACUCGAUUCUCCCACCGUAGUUUCCCCAGAUAACUCCUGGUGUUGCCCAGUUUCCAAAACCAAAGAAAUGGACUCUAGUUCCCACUUUCCUCCCACCGCUUACGGUGGUGGAGACUCAUCCGUAUCCGCAUUUCCUUCCUCGUUUACCAAAUUCAACUCGGCUCUAACCGCCGGACUACUGAAUCCAAUGUCACCACCUCCGUCGGUCGAUAAAACCCGAUCAAGCCCAACCCUAUUCGAAAUGAUGGCAAAUGAACCUGAUUGUCUUUCUAGAUCUCAGAUCCCUGCCACCGCCGCAGCCAUAAAUACCCAAAGAACACAAAUUUCUGCUCAAGACAAACAUGCCCUUAUGCAACAACGUUUGUCGGAACUUCUCUAUUGUCGGAGCCCGGGUAAUCUGUUCAAUGACGAGGCCUCGAGUGAUACGAGGCUAACAUUGAGGUUGAAAGAUGGUCUGAUUAUCUCGAUGAAUGUCCAUAGACAGAUCUUAGUUGCUCAUAGCCGGUUUUUCGCAGUCAAGCUAUCGGAACGUUGGUCAAGACAACAACCUAGAAGUCCGAAUCCUUAUGUUGUUGAGAUUUCCGAUUGCGAUGAUGUCGAGGUCUACAUUGAAACUCUCAGAUUGAUGUAUUGUAAAGAUUUAAGGAAGAAACUCAUGAGGGAAGACGUUUCCAAAGUCCUCGGUAUCCUCAAGGUUUCAGCUGCAAUUGGAUUUGAUGCUGGAGUAUUAUCAUGCUUGGAAUACUUAGAAGCAGCUCCAUGGGCUGAAGAUGAAGAAGAAAAGGUUGCUUCUUUAUUAUCAGAACUAAGACUAGAAGGAGUUGGAGCCAUUGAAGUUCUAAAGAGAGUUUCAGUCGAUGUUGGUAACAAUGCAGACGAAGAUGGUGGAAGCGACAACGAAGGAGUUCUUCUCAAGCUUCUACACGUAGUUCUUGAUGGCAAAGACGAGAAAGCCAGGAGAGAAAUGAAAGGACUCGUAUCCAAAAUGCUAAGAGAAAAUUCAUCUCAAAAUGAUCUGAAAAAGGAAUCUCUAUACUCAGCCAUCGAAGGUUGCCUUCAAUCGCUUAGGAAACACGUUUCGAGAACCUCAGAAGUCGCGAAAAUCGCGCGACAGGCCGAUAAUUUACACUGGAUAUUGGAAAUCUUGAUUGAUCGACAGAUGGCAGAUGAUUUCCUAAAGAUUUGGAUUUCGCAAUCUGAAAUAGCGGAGUUCCAUACGAAUGUAGCUCCGAUUCAUAGAUUCGAAAUCAGCAGGGUAACUGCCCGUUUGUUCGUUGGAAUCGGGAAAGGACAAUUGUUGGCUUCGAAGGACGAUAGGUGUAAACUAUUAAGGAUUUGGUUGGUUCCCUUUUACGAAGAUUUUGGAUGGAUGAGGAGAGCUUCGAAAGGUCUCGACCGACAUUUGAUCGAGGAUGGUUUGAGUAAUACUAUAUUGACUUUACCUUUAGCUUGGCAGCAGGAAUUCUUUAUGUCUUGGUUCGAUCGAUUUUUGAAUGCAGCCGAUGAUUGCCCUAAUAUACAAAGAGGGUUCGAGGUUUGGUGGAGGAGGGCUUUUUGGAGACGAAAUGGUGAACCUGAUCAACAAAGGCCUCAGCAGAUGAGGAUCUUGACCCCGAGUCUCGAAAAAUGCUAAAAUCAUCGUCUUUUCUUUUGAAUAUAAUUGCUUUUUUUCUUCGUUUUUGAACGGGGAGAUAUUAUUUGGGCGGGAAUUUGGGAAUUGUUAGGUUCAAUCUAGAAGAUGGACAGACUUUGUAGUUUGAAUAGUUUCAUUUGAUCUUGAUUCAUGUUUUUAUCUUCAUUGA